UAUUUCUCUGCGUCUCCUACCUCACUCCCUCUGUCUCUUCCUCCGUCUCCUGCAAUUUUCUGGCGCUCAUCAUUCCAUCUUUUUUCUCUUUACCCCUACAUCCAAACAAAAUCACUGCAACCAUGUCCAUAUCAAUUAUUUAAUUUUGUCAGCAAACCAUCGCAUUCCAAUCCCAAUAGUCACUAAUCCUAUCUCUCCCAAUUAAUAUCAUCCUCUUCUUCCUCUUGUUCCAUCUCCCAUUCCCCUCGAAAUUUCAUUCCUUUCUUUUUUCCGUUUGUUUUUCUUUUCUGUCUACAGCCACUCUCGUAACAUCCUCUUAAAACGAACCCAUUAUUGCUUGCCAGUCAAUUAACCCCAUGACUCGGCUAUUUCGAUCUAAAUCCUGGGAAUUUGUUCGUCGCACUGAGUUCAGCCCAUCUCCUCUGAGUCCAUCUCUCUGCAAUUUCAAAAAGCAGGAGGAAGCGGAAGACGAGUUGGUCGGAGAUGAUGAUUCGAGAAAAUCCAUCUCAAAAGUUGGUGUUGCUGAUAAUAAUCAAUCUCAUUUUGCGAUGCUAGACACCGUGGUGGAGGCGCUGAAAAAAUCGCUGGUAACCUGUAGUGUAGAGAAGGAGGAUGAUUCUUCCAUGGAUAUCAGCUGGCCGACGGAGGUUCGCCAUGUCUCCCACGUCACCUUCGAUAGGCUUCAUGGGUUUCUGGAUUUGCCCUCAGAGCUCGAGCCGGAGGUACCGAGAAGCGCGAGUGCGAAGGUAUUUGGGGUUUCUGCAGAGUCAAUGGAAUGCUCUUAUGAUGACAGAGGAAACUGCGUCCCAAAAAUUCUGCUGUCAAUGCAAAAGCAACUGUAUUCCGAGGGAGGCCUUAAAGUAGAAGGAAUAUUUCGAAUUAAUGCUGAGAGCAGCCAAGAGGAAUCUGUCCGUGAUCAGCUAAACAAAGGUGCAGUCCCAUACGGAACCGAUGUUCAUUGUUUAUCUGGUUUGAUCAAGGCUUGGUUUAGAGAACUUCCAACAAGAGUGCUAGAUUCUCUCACGCCGGAACAGGUGGUAAAUUGUAAAGCAGAAGAGGAUUGUGUUAGUCUAGUGAAGUUGCUUUCUCCAACAGAAGCAGCACUGCUGCAUUGGGUCAUCAAUUUGAUGGCAGAUGUUGUGGAGCAUCAAGAGUUCAACAAGAUGAACGCACACAACAUUGCUAUGGUUUUUGCUCCCAACAUGACACAGAUAAUGGAUCCUUUGACUGCAUUGACUCAUGCAGUUCAAGUUGUGAAGUUCCUGAAGACAUUGAUUCUGAAAGUCCUUAGAGAAAGAGACAAAUCAAAUGCUGAGGCGAGGCGGCUUUCUCCAUGCUCAGAUUCUCCCUAUUUGGAAACUGAUCCCCUUCCUUCAAACUUUAACAGUGAGGAAGCUUGUGAGAAGAAUGAAGAUUCUUGUACUAAAAAGCCAAGUCUCAAGGAUAACUUCUUAAGGACUUCAACUUUGGGAAGAAUAGAAUGGAGAAUUAAGGAGAAACUAUGGAUUUCGGAGGAAAGUGAAUGUGUUAUACAUGAUAGCACGCCUUCUAGACGUGAGAUUAGAACUUCAGAAUAUAGAUAUAGGAGAUAUGACGGUGAUCGUUGGCUAAGAUUGAGGAAAAGAUUGCACAAGCUAUGGAGGCACCCUGUAUUUUUGUGGAACAAAGCAAGUAAGCCUGCGACUUGAAGUCUUGGAUGUUCUAAAUAAAAUAUUGUGGUGCA